AUGGAGCGGCGCGACUCCAAGCAGCACCUGCAGGACGGGGAGGACAGCCUGGAGGGCACGUGCGACGCGGCGCUGGUGCUCAGCGACGGCACGGAGGUGCUUGUGCACAGCCAGGCGCUCAUCAUGCACUCGAGGUUCUUCAGGAGGAUGAUCGCGGACGUGCAGUGCGGGCGCCCAAGGGCGGCGUCGGGGGAGCUGCUGAGGAUCCCGCUCGACGACGGCACCAGCCUGGAGGACGUGGAGGUGCUGCUGGGCUACCUGUACAAACGGGAUGCCGUCGUGAAUUCGUUUGAGGAUGCAAAGGCGCUCGUGUUCCUGGCCGACAAGUUUGACAUGCCGUCAAUCAUUCGGCUGUGUGAGCCCAAGCUCUGCAGCGAUGUGCACAGACUGCAUUUUGCUGGAUUCGCAGCAAGCCUGCCCCGCGGCCGAAGCACUGGCAAGUCCAACACCCCAUUCGAUCUCCAGGGCCUGGAUGAAUGCUAUGAUGCUGCCAGGUGGCUGAGCCUGGCAGAGAGGUGGAAUCUGGUGAACCUGAUGCUCAAGUGCCAGGCUGUGAUAACGCAGUCGCUGGCGUACACGGACGCCAAGUCCACGUACAGUGCCUUUGCCAAGCUUCAAGAGCACAGGAUCAGUCUCAAGAGCAUGUACAGCAUCGCCUCAGUGUUGGGGCAGUGCCUGAACAACUUUGGGAAAUGCUCGUGCGGCAAGAUGUUCAGCUCCCUGCGGUGCUCAUCCUGCUUCCUGGACAACACGCCGAAGGCGACCAUGGACCUGUGCGAGAAAAUGCUCCAGGAAUGCCACAAGGAGGUGAAAGGCGACGAGGACAAGCUUCGAAGAAUGCCUUCUGGACAGCUGUCCAUGUCCAGGGCGGAGUCCACUCCAAACCCGACACUGCGCUAG